GUCGUGAUGUGGCUACUGGCAAGUGACGUCACCACGCCAAUCAUUCCUGACUCGCCCACCUGCGACGCCUGGCCUUCAUUAUAAUUAACGCCAGUGGAAGCGGGCAAUGGCGUCUCUUCGUGGUGCAGCCCUCCGUCGACACCUGUGCGUAAGUAGCUGCAGUGGCCGGGCAGGGAAUUCCGUCUCCGGCUGUGGAAAUGGCCAGGACCGGGUUCUGCGACUCCAAGCCCCUGCUGGACUUACACAAGGCGGACGAGAGGCGAGCCGUUAUAAGAACUUUGCCGACUGUCUUUGGGACCACCGAUUGCUGGCAGCCAUUGGAGUCCAGAUUGGUGCCUGUUAAGAGGGAGUCAGAACCCAGAUGGGACAAGAUGUUAUUGGCCAAAGUUAGCAAUGGCAUUUUUGUGGGGUUCAAUGACAAAGCAUGGACAGUCUCAUCUGGCAGCAUCAUUCAUGCCAAAGAUGGAUUUCUGGAGGAGCCUUUGCGACUUUACCCUCGCAGCCUUCAGGGUUUCCACAACCUUCAGGCGCUGGUGCCCAACCUGCUGCGCCAUGAAGUUGAGAUCGCCUUGGAGAAGUUGGGCCUCGUGUGGGACCGCACGUUUGCCUGGGAAAUGUUCGUAGAUAUGAUGAAAAGUCAAACUUGGCACUCUUUGCCCAACACUGAGCUGCCGAGACACUUCACUGAUGCGACUCGAGCUGUCCUGGUUGACUGGCUCAUUCAAGUCAAUGAGAUGUUACAGUUCCAGGAGGAGACGCUCUAUCUGGGCAUUUACCUCCUCAACCGCUCCCUCCGUCAGGUCAAAGUAACCACGGCUAACCUGCAGCUCCUUGGCAUAGUCUGCCUCUUUCUUGCUGCUAAGAAAGAAGAGUGUCUCCUCCCUGAGGUAUCUGGUCUGUGCUACUUAAUGGACCAUACCUACACCAAGCAUCAGCUCCUGCGCAUGGAAAGAAAAGUCCUCACUGGCCUUAAGUUUAACUUGUCCUACUGUCCCCCGUUGCAUUUCCUAUUGCUGCUCGCCUCCAUUUCCCGCUGCAGUGCUCAGAUGGUGUGGAUGGCCCGCUACCUGCUCGAGUUGUCACUCCUGGAGGGUCAAUGUGUGGUGUUUCUGCCCAUGCAGUUGGCGGGGGCGGCCCUUUGCUUGGCCCGCCAAGUCCUGCAGGAGCCCCUGACCCCGGAGGCCGAGGCUGCCUGGUGUCUAGCCUCCGGCCUUCACGCUGGCAGUGAGACCGUCCUACUGAGAAUAAUGCAAAUUCUGGCUGGUGCUGCAACCACAGCGCACACCCGAGAGACCUGUGCUACUUUUAUCAAAUUCUCCUCCCCGGAAACCAUGCAUGUCAGCAGACACCCUGGUCUUAAGAAAGUCUCUGCCCUGAUGAGUGUGUGCACUUGACUUGCACUUGUGACCUUAUGCUAUACAGUACAGCGAUGACACUUGUUCAACUUGACUCCUUUGACCUGGGUAGGAAGAAGGGUGAAAAUUAUGACCGCAAGCAUUGUUACUAGCCUAAUGUUAGCUUCCAUUUUAUGAUUGCAGCACAUUUAGAAAAUAUUUGUAAUUGUGUUUUUGUGGAGUGGGCUGUUUGUCAAAUUUAACUUUUAAUGUCAAAAAA